UUGGCAAUUACUUUUUGCGAUAAAGUGUUAUUUGGCAACUGGAUGUCGAAGAAGUUGGCGAACUUAUGGAAUCAUGCGCACGAUAACAAUUCUAUUCGUACUGAUGGUUGAAAUUGUAUGCGUCAUUUCACAGAAAUGUUCUAGCAGAAUUUAUGAUAACAUAAGAACAGCAGGUCCAUCUUUACCUCCAGAUAAAAUCGUAUCAACCCACACUUUCAACUCGGAAUUUGUCCAGAUAGAAUGUCUCGAGAUCUGCGAAAAGGAACUGAAAUGCAUUGGAUUCAAGAUUUCAUACAGAGACAAGAUGAAUGUCGUGAACUGCCAACUGGCCAACGUCACUGGGAAGAAAGAUCACAACGCAACGACAGAAGGAGAAUGGAUACUAAUGCUCGAUAACGAAGCUGCAAAGAAUGAGGAAAAAAGAAGAAAUGAUGGUAUGAAUUCAGGUAUGCAGCUAGCAACCAGCUGCGCUCAUCUGUAUAGCUCUGGAGUCAGGCAAAAUGGUGUUUAUACAAUCAAUCCUGAUGGCCUGGGUUCGUUCAAAGUCAGAUGUGAUAUGAGCAAAGACAGGGGUGGCUGGACCGUGUUCCAAAGACGACAAGAUGGAAGUCAAGAUUUCUACCGUGGAUGGUCAGAUUAUAAAGCUGGCUUUGGCGACCUUAACGGCGAGUUCUGGUUGGGUCUGGAUAAAAUUCAUCGUUUGUCCAAAUCUGGUCAAAAUGUUCUAAGAGUUGAUUUGAUGGAUUUCAAUAACGUUGAACGAUACGCUAAAUAUGGAAUGUUUAGUGUGGCUGAUGAAUCCGAGAAUUACAGAUUGAAUAUUGGCAGUUAUUCAGGUGACGCAGGUGAUUCCCUUGCUUGGCACAAUAAGAUGCAGUUCACUACCAAGGAUAGCGACAAUGAUGUACCAGUUAAUGAGAAUUGCGCUACGACCUGGAAAGGAGCUUGGUGGUACAACAACUGUCAUAAUUCCAACCUCAAUGGCCUUUACCUGGGUGCAGGUCAGACUAGUGGCAGCGGAAUAAAAUGGCACGGUUGGCAUUAUUAUUCUAUGAAAAAGACAGAGAUGAAAAUUCGUCCGAACUUUUUUUAGGAUGAUUUCUCAGCAAUCAUUGAGAGACGUACGAACAGGCACUUGUUGCUUUCUUGUAGAAAUGGCAGAAAUUUAUUGGUAUAUAAUAAUAAAGAUGUAAAUCAUGUAAUGAUAUAACAAUAUAGUUGGUGCAUGUAUGUUUUCAGGUGUAAAUAUCUUUUUGACUUGACUUAAGUCUAUUGGUAAGGCAAAGGUAAAAGGUGUCGAUGUUGUAACAAAUGUAUAACGGAUUAAUAUCUCAUUAUUAACAUUUACCCAUAGAUGGCGGUCGCUUGUGUCAUGCAGUUGUGUGCUAAUUUGCAUAUAAUUAUAGCAAGAAUUAAUAAUACAAAUUGACUUUAAUAUAUCUUGAGUGUAUGAAAAUAUAAAUUAAACUCUUUUGGUAUGUUC